AUGCCUCGGCUAAUACAAUUCCGUGUUGCCAAGUUGUUGAAGUUAAAACCACGACAUUGCCUUCUCCUCUGCGUCCUGCUUGUGUCAUUUCUAUCGGUCUGGAACAGCAACAACAAUGAUAGUCAUGAGACGAUCCCAGCAAACAGCCACGCUUCCAACACACUACAACGCUCGACUGCGAACAACAACAGUCCAGUCUGCAAGGAUGGUUGUGCGUUUCCCGAUUCCCCAUUGCAUCAAUCUAUUUUUGUGUAUCCCAAUCCGCACACGGAAGCCACUUUGUUUGCCAAGUUUCAAUCCACCACAAACGCAACAACAACAAUCGAAUGGCCUUGGAUUCUCCAACGAGAUAAAAUGCGGCGUGAAGGCACGUUUCUGUUGGAUGAAACGGAUCCCUCCUUGUCCCAAUUUGCACUCGACUUGCUGGUGUACGAACUGUUCACUUCGCCCUGUGCGUGUCUGCGUACCCACAACCCGGCGACGGCCAAGCUUUUUUUUGUGCCCUUUUUGCCCAGUGUCUUUCGACGCGGAGGGGACGCCCAAUGGACACUGGAGGCGGUGCCGCACACAUCCAUCUACGAACAAGCAUUGGCAAAAGCCAUGACGGGACAAUCGUAUGACGAAUGGGAACAAGUCUUUGGAUUGACCAGCGAUUAUUGGAAACGACAUCAGGGACGAGACCACGUCGUGGUCAUGCCCGAGCCACUGCAUGGGUUGUAUCACCCGCCGGGCAAACGAGGCUUUCAUCAUUACAUCAAGACACAAAAGCAAUUGGCCGCGCCCAUUGUCAUUUCGGUGGAGCUCUCUCGCACGUUUCAAGAGACGUACCCUCAGUGCUUUCAAAAGAACAUUGUCCUGCCAUAUCCCAACAUUGACGGACGGUGGUUCAAUGGAGCAUGGGAUCGACAAACCAAACGGUUGCAGCUUGAAAUUACACCACAACAACAUCAACAAUCUACCACCAGCAGGCGACCCUUGUGGAUGUACUAUGAUGCUGGAAAUCACGGAGAAUGUCUGGCCCUUCGUCAAGCUCUCAAGACGGACUACGACUGUGAACAACAGCUAGAAGAACCCAAUGCCGAGCUGCUGCAAACCCUGGCACAAAGAUCACGACACGAAGCAUUCCCCAUGGGGAUGCGCUUGGCUACCUUUUGUCCCUGCCCCGGAGGCGAUUCUCCCUCUGCCAAACGCAUGCUUGAUGCCAUUUUGGCCGGGUGCAUUCCCGUGGUUCUUUCCAAAGACUUUGUCUGGCCCUUUACUUCUUCUUCACUAUCGUCAAAUAACAACAAUACAAACAGCGUUGGAGGAGCUUUGUUGAAUCCACAUGAUUUUGCCAUUCAUCUGGAUGCGAAACAGUUUAUGAAACCCGUGUACCACAAGGUGGCCAAUGGAAGCAAUGUCGUCUGUCAAAGACAAACGACAGCAGAGCCGGGUCAAGAAGAAAGCCUGUCCGAAUACUUGCGUCGCACUGUAUCUCUUUCGGACAUUGCCAGACUGCAACGAGGAGUGCAAAAGGCGGCCAAGCUUUACGCUUACUAUAGCGUCGCUACUACAGAGAACAAUAACAACAAUCCUCUGCGGGCAGGGGUUCUUCCGACGGGGGGUGCUGCAGAACGGUUGCUCGAAGAACUGGCACAGCGAUCUGCAAUGGGAAACAAGAUAUGGGAGGAUUGCCAACAGGAAAAGGCGAGCGUAACGAAGCGGUUUGGCGGCAAAAUGAUCACGGUGAACAAGUGUUGA